AGUAAACUCACACCAUGAUCGCUCGACUGUCAGCACCGCUGAGCAAGCUGCUUGGCUCAACGAAAGCUGACCAGCUACCAUCUCGUAUUCACCGACACCUAUCCAUCAAGUCGGCGGAUGACUUCUUUCUGCCCAACCUCCAUGCCACUCCCACGCUGACAACUGGUCCGCCUGCAACCAGCCACGUCGACGACGAAGGAGCAGCACAGGACGUUGCUGCCUACGAACGAGAUAUACAGCUACUUGACCACGGUGCGCCGUUAAAUCAGCUCAACAUGACACGAUCUUUUGUAGAAUUGGAGUCCUUGCUUGGACCAUUGCAAACGAAGACCGAGACUGACGACGACACAACACCGCCAAAUCACCUAAACACCCGCCAUCCAACUACUGCUCCACCGGCCGCCAAGAAUGUCAUUCGCAACGAGGUGCAGCUGCCACAUCAUAUGGCUUUACCAAAGCGCGAAACUGGUCAUCCACAUGUGCUCGUCAUCAAUGGGCCGUGUACGGUGGUGAAUGGACAAACCAUGGGAAUUCCGUGGGCGAGUCUCCAACAAGAGCUCGAACACGUGGCUACCACCGCGGGGUUGGUGCUGGACGUCAAAGCCUCCAACCACGAAGGCACCGUGAUAGAUUACCUCUUAAGCACAUCGCCGAGCACAGCGGUGGUGCUCAAUUGCGGCGAGUUGCUGGCCGCCUACCCAGGCAUCCAGCAAGCCCUCGCACUCACUCGAGCCCAUAGCGUGGUUCUCUUGAAUGAGCAUCCGUUCUCAUUCGCAAUGACGGCUGCCGUCGGUUCGCGGCGUGUUCGACAGCUCACAGGGUUUGGCGCGUCGGGCUACAAACUUGCACUGGUGGCAACCCAGGAUCUGUAAUCGACUACGUAUCUUGUAUAUUUCCACAUGACGAGCUUGUUGCC